AUGGCGGUUGCAGGGGAGUUUGCUCUGACUUGUAAUCAGAUGGUGAUCAGAAAAUCAAGUUUUGUUUCAGGCAGAAGUAGUAAUUUACUUGGUGGCCCAGUUCAAAGUCAGAAAGUUUGUUUCAAUGCCUGGAAGUUGAAGGAAUCCAAGGCUGGACGUCUGAGAGUAAACGCAGUCACGCAGAUGGAAGUUGGGACUGCAGAGGAUUUAUGGAGUUUGAAAGGGUUGGAAAAAGAGUCAACUUUGGGUUUCGAUUUGGUUUCAGAAGAGGAAUUGAGGAUGAAAGGAUUCAUGGGAUUGAGGAAGACCAAGCUUGUCUGUACCAUUGGACCAGCUUGUUGCUCUCUUGAGGAAUUGGAGAAGUUAGCACAGGGAGGGAUGAAUGUGGCCAGGCUAAAUAUGUGUCAUAAUACAAGAGAAUGGCACUUGGAUGUUAUAAGGAAGAUUAAGAAGUUGAAUGAUAAAGGUUACUCUGUGGCUGUGAUGAUUGAUACUCAAGGAAGCCAGAUACACGUUGUUGAUCACGGAGCACCUUCUUCAGUCAAGGCUGAGGAUGGCACAAUCUGGCAUUUUGCUACGGAGAAGUUUGAGGGUUAUCGUCCAUUGACAGUUAAAGCAAACCAUGAAGGAUUUUCUGAAGGUAUUGAAAUAGGUGAUGAAAUUGUUAUUGAUGGAGGAAUGGCCACAUUCGAGGUUAUUGAAAAGAUUGGAAAUGAUUUGCGAUGUAAAUGCACCGACUCCGGUCUAAUGCUUCCCCGAGCUAAACUGAGCUUUUGGAGAGAUGGGAAGCUUGUAGCACGGAACAAUGAUCUCCCAACCAUAUCUUCCGAGGAUUGGUCAGACAUAGAGCUUGGAAUUUCUGAAGGUGUGGAUUUUGUGGCAUUGUCAUUUGUCAAAAAUGCAGAAGCCAUCAAGCAUCUAAAGCAUUACCUUUCCACCAAUUCUUCCAAGUCAGUGAAAGUCUUAGCAAAGAUAGAGUGUGUGGAAGCCCUCCAAAAACUGGAAGAAAUUGUUGAAGCAUCUAAUGGGAUCAUGAUAGCAAGAGGGGACCUUGGAGUUGAAAUACCUCUAGAACAGAUUCCAACUGUGCAGGAAAAUAUCAUUGAGGUAUGCCGGCAGCAGAACAAGCCCGUUAUUGUUGCUUCUCAGCUGCUUGAAUCCAUGAUUGAAUAUCCUACUCCAACCAGAGCUGAGGUGGCUGAUAUUUCUGAAGCAGUCAGGCAGUAUGCCGAUGCAUUAAUGCUCUCCGGUGAGUCUGCAAUUGGUUCACAUGGGCAGAAAGCUCUUUCUGUACUGCGGACUACUAGCAGCCGGAUGGAAUCAUGGAGCCGUGAGGAAAGCAUGCAAGCUUCCCUAAACCAAUCAAAACUCGGCACAUCUUUGUCAGACCAAGUUGCCGAGCAAAUCUGCAAUUGUGCUGCAGAAAUGGCUAACAACCUAGGGUUGGAUGCAAUUUUUGUGUACACAAGACAUGGACAAAUGGCAACUCUUCUAUCGCGCAAUCGUCCUAACCCUCCGAUAUUUGCAUUCACAAGUGAUAACAGCACUAGGAUGGCACUCAAUCUGCAGUGGGGGGUGACUCCUCUUCUCGUUGAUCUAACCGAUGACAUGGAAGCCAAUGUAGAAAAAACCACAGGCCUCAUCAAAGCAAAAGGGCUAAUAAACGAGGGAGAUACAGUUCUGAUUGUGUCAGACAUAAUCCCAUCACCUGCAUCACAAACCUUGUUUCAAUCGAUUCAGGUGAAAACUGUUGUUUAG